AUGGAGCUGGGCACCAUUUUGAACGCGAGAUUGACCGCCCACGCAGGAACAGGCUCACCCUUCGGCAUGCAGCACGCCAUGCAGCACCAACCACAGCACUUCGCCGCUCAGCCGGCCUAUAUGAACGGCCACAUCAAGUCUGAGAACGGCUCCGAGCGCGGCGUCUCGCCACACCCGUCCGACUCGUCUCGCUAUUCCUCGCAGCAGCCCCAACAGCAACUCCCCUCGUACCCUCCCAUCCCCGCCCAGCACAUGAACGGCAUGCGCUAUCCGUCGCCCACGCCCAUGCAACAACAGGCACCCAUGCAGAUGCUCAACAAUAACAGCUACAUCCCCAAUCCACAAGAAAACCCGUAUGCUCAGCAGCAGAUGCCGGAUCAGCAGACACAACAUGCUGGCGGCCGCCCUGCCAACGAGAACGGCCCGCCAAAGGCAUUCGCGUGCUCCACAUGUGGCAAGGGUUUCGCGCGACGCAGUGACCUCGCACGUCACGAGCGCAUCCACAGCGGCAUCCGUCCCCAUGUGUGCGAAUACCCCAACUGCGGCAAGCAGUUUAUCCAGCGCUCCGCUCUGACUGUCCAUCAACGUGUCCACACCGGCGAGAAGCCCCACAUGUGUGAGCGUUGCGGCAAGCCCUUCAGCGACUCCAGCUCGCUUGCGCGCCAUCGUCGCAUUCACUCUGGCAAGCGCCCUUACAAGUGCCCCUACGCGGACUGCCAGAAGACGUUUACGCGUCGCACAACCCUAACGCGCCACCAAAACCACCACACAGGCACUGUCGAGGAAGCUGCUGCAGCCACUGCCGCAGCUCUCGCUUCCCGGGCAUCUGCCCCGAGCCGAUCCGCUCGCUCUGAUGCUGAGGAGUAUUCUGAGACCGCGUCUCCGUUAAACACGCCGUCGCCCAAUGAUCGUCUCACGUCCAUGUCACCUGCCGGCGGCAUGCCUGCGGGUGUUGUUCCCGGUAUGCACCGCCAGCAGCCCGAGUACGCGUACAUGGGUAGCAUGAAUGUGCCGCCUCAUCUUAGGAAUGAGAUGCCCCAGCCCAGCCCGCGUGCGUCUCCCGCUCUAACGUCGCAGUCGUACACGUCGACUGCGAGCGGCUCGCGUCCAGCCAUCACAUCGCACCCUAGCGGUUAUGGCCCACCUCCGAUUCUGGAGCCGCCGGCAUCCGCCAACCACAACCAGUCGGGGAGCAACAGCGCAAGUGGAAGCCCCCACAUGACUGCGGUGGGCUGGCAAUCGCCUUCUCACCAGGCUCUGCCCUCUCCGGGAGCUGGUGAGAACAGCUAUGUCUACCCAGAGCCGCAGUACGCCAACCCGCCCCACAAUAUGUACUACCAAAACAACACCAUCCGCCGCCCCAACAGCACUGAGCCGGACCACUACAGCACCAAUCAGGGCCAGCAAAUGUGGGCGCCCGCGGUGCAAUAA